UACAUUUGUUUAUGGUCGCUAAUCAGGAAAUAAUAUUUCACAGAUGUUUCUUAAAUUUGCAUUUUGAUUAUUUCUAUACAUGAUUUAUAAGAUGGUCAGUUGGUAUAAAAGCGGACUUGGCUAAUGUACCGCAUUUAACUGAAUCUACUCAAGAUGAAGUUGUCGUUGUCGAGUGUCGUGGUGGUCAGCAUGACCCUCGUAUGCUGCGUAUUUAGUAAACCCCCGAAGUGCAAGGUGUUCAAGUGUCGUGUUGGGGGUUGCCUCAAUCCAGAGCGGGUGUGCGACGGCUUCAGCCACUGUCCUGACGGCAGUGACGAAGAAAACUGUUCAGGAAAUAAGAAGAGAGACAUCCCAGACUCACGAUCUGUAGAAGAUUCUGGCUCGUGUAAGCAGUUUACCUGUAAAGACGGCAAUAGCUGUAUUCCACAAGAGUGGGUGUGCAAUGGUUGGAGAGAGUGUCCGGAUAACAGUGACGAAGAAAACUGUAAAGACGAUCACUACGGAGGGAUACCAGGCAGAGCAUCGUGUACUUUGUUCAAGUGCAGAAAUGGGGCGUGUCUCCCUCUCGACUUCGUGUGUGACGGGAAGACUGACUGCCCUGGCGGCGAUGACGAGGCAUUCUGUUCAGGGGGAGCACCAUUGGCAAAUCAAAGCGCAUUAGAUUCGUCGUCAUGCAACACUCUUCAGUGUCCAGACGGGAAAUGUAUUCCACGACGGUGGGUCUGUGACGGGCUGGUAGGCUGUGCGGGUGGCGCCGACGAGAUGGACUGUUAAGAUGUCAUACACAUAUUAAGAAGAUAUUCCCGAAAACAAUAAAAUUAAACAAUAAUUACUAGUCACAUCUUGUGUCUAUAAUCAUUUAAUAUCCUAGAUAGGCCUACUAUCAAUAUUCAGUAAAUAAACUGUUCUGUACUGAU